UGGAUUUUACACUGGGUCAUUUGUAGCCAUGGACUUGCCAGAUGAGAGCCAGUGGGAUGAAACUACCUGCCAAGAGGCUGUUUGUCAACAUCCGCAAUGUUGGGCAGCUAUCCGCAGGAUUGAGAGGGGCCACCCUAGAAUCAUGGGUGCUCCCUGCAAAGCUCUGGAAAUUGAAGACAAACUCCCAGUGCUCACCAUUGUAAACAUCUUAGAUUCUUGCUUCAAGACCAACAGAUGUGAUCAUCGUCGUUUUCCAAGAAUUACCUUCACUAAAGUUUGCUCUUUGUUGCCUCAUGGUUCAAAGUUUGACUCCAAAUUUCAGGGCAGGCCUCGCAAGGAUUUACCUGACCAAGAUUUAACCUACCGAACUGAUAGAUUUCCCAAAAUAAGUCACAGAUUUAAAAAGCUUCCAGUGCUGAAUUUGCAUGAGACAGAGAUUCCCUGCUCUUAUGAUACUAGAAAUAUGGUUGUAGUCUGGAUACCAGAAGAAUCAGACAAUGCUAUGAUUCCAGCUGAGAAGCAGCAUGGUGUUCUUAGCCAAGUUGGAAAGAAGAAAAAAAACAGCUCUGCAGUAAGAAACAAAUCAUCUCAGGUUCUGUCCAGAAAAAGGCACACAAAAAGACAGGCUCCAGUGGUGGCUGUGCCUCCUCCCUCCCCAGUACACUUGCUUGAGCAACUAAGUUCAGAACCUGUACCUUUCUGGAGCCAAAAUGCCAUGCUGCCUCAGGAUCUAUUGAAGGAACUUUUGAUAGAUGAUGGAAAAACAACCAUGCCUUGUCCUGAGAUGAAGAUACAGUUGGCCAUGAUGAAAAAAACAUUGCCCUUGGAAAAGAGCCGACCUGGCAGUGCAAUUUCUGCUAAGAUGUAUUUAUCUAUACACCGCCUAACUCUGCAAAAACCAGCACCGAGAUGUCCUGAACAUUUAAAAAAAUUAUAUUGCAGUCUGAAGACAGGAGCUCAUAGGAAGUACCAGCAUUGGCGGCAGCAGCAACAGAAGAAGAUACUUACCAAGAAACAGGAGACUAAAAAGAAAACCAAGAAUGAGCCAAUGAGGCAGAAUACUUCAAAUGUCAUGGUUUAUGACUCAUACCGUGGUCAGAUAAAUCUAUCAAGUGGGGAAAGUAACAAGAAGCAGCAUCAGCGGGUGAAGAUAGAAAAACCCAUCUUGAAACAGGAUUCUACAAAGAGAGCAAAGAUGGGCUACUUUGAUAGCUACUUGGAUUCCCCCCUCCAUAAGAAGAAUCCUGAGCUAUUCAAGAAUGGACCCACUAAGAAGAAUAUCAAUCCUCUGAAGGAGGUUGUGCUACAAGUCCAAGGGAGGGGCAGAAUGAAUGCUUCAGUUAAUACAGCGGCAAGACAUUGGAACCCUGAGCUCAAACUACUGAGGAUUCUUCAGGCCACUGAUAAAGAGGAAGAGGAGAGCCAAUACUAUGAAGAGGAGAAUGAAGAAACUGUAGAGGAAGAGGAAGACGUCAUCACCAAAGAGUCUUAUUUCAGAGCAGAAUGUUCAGAGUCCUGAGUACAAUGACCUUGAACAUAAAGGCACAAAGGGGGAGAGGAUCUUCUGCUACCUGGAACCUUACCAAGUUCUGAUUUUAGGGAGUUUAUUUUCUUCAUUCAUUUCUAUUUGUCUCAAAAAUAAAUAAGGGAGAAAAAGUCCUA